CGAUAACAUUGCAGCAAAGGCUCCGGUUAACGGAGCUAACCGGCUUUGUUUAGGCUGAAAUAAAACAUGCAACACGUUAUUGUUAUGUAACUUAAUUUUGACAUAACGUUAGUGGGGCGAAUAAUUAUUUUUAACCUCCCUGAAGUGUUUCGUUUCCGUCGCAAAGGGGGAAAUGAAGACGCUGUCCAGAGACCCCGCCUCCACGGAGAAACGCACCAAUCAGUGAUGGUUAUGGAGGAUGAUGGACGUCCCCACAGCCAAUCAGAGCCAGACACCCUGUCAGCCGUGGGCGGGCCAGAACGGCUGGUCCCCAGCUUCACCUCAGGGACCCCCAUGCAACCCCCUGCCCAGCUUUCAGCACCUCAGCCUGAGCUCUCCGUCUGACCAGAGACCCUGCUACGACCACCUGCAGGCGUCCAACCACGGCUUUUCCUCCAGAAACGACAUCCACAGCAGCAAACUUUAUGCUAAUGACGGUGAGGAGAGUCUGCAGCGGAGCGUUCCUGAUGCUUCAUGCAUGCUUCCAGCUGCAAGCCAAGGAAGAAGCAUUCCUCCAUGUUCUCUCCCUCUCCUGAAGGAGGGCACGCAGCCUUGCAAGCUCCAACAAAUGCCAUUUUACUCCCCUUACAGCCCUUACCAAGCAGUGUCUCCCCCCUUCCAGCCUCCAUACACACACCAGAGUUUACUGAAUGGACCUCAGUCACCACAUCAAAAGCAUCUGCCCAUUAGCCCGCCGUCCUUUGGACCAUGUGUAAACCAGAGUCCACAGUGUACACCUCAGCCUGCAUUUGAGAGGGAAAAUGUGGAUUCCUCUGUUGGAUAUGCACACAAUCAUGCCUCGCCCACCUCUCCUGUCCAACAGCAGCCUCAGUGGACACCUCAAUCACACCCGAAAGGAACCAUAAACGAAUUUGUUCCCAAUGUGGCUGCAGAGGACAGAAACACUACCCCUCAGUCUCCUAACUCUGAGUCUCGUUAUGGCCUGGACCCGGAGCUGCUGCCCAGUGUUGUGAAGGUGGUUGAAGAGGACCGGGCGGAGUGGGAGGGGAAGCUCUUCGUCUCAGAGCCUUUUUCUCGUCUUCCUCCUCUGGCAACUACUUCCUGCAUCAUAGAGGACAGAGGUAACGCGAGCCCUUUCGCCAUCCGCGCCGCCACCUACUGUGUGCCCUGCGAAGGUCAGACCGCCGUGCUUAGCCGUCUGCCGCUGGGAGCUCUGGUCACACCGUUGGCAGAACAACAUGCUGGAGAGACGCCUCUACCAGUGCUCCACCAGCCAGAGUGUGUGAUGGGCUGUAGUGGGUGUGGAGCCUCCAUGUGUCCGGCGAUGGGCUGGCAGGACUGUGGUCAGAGGUUUUACUGUCCUUUCUGUGGGAAACUCAGUGAAGUGCCGUGGCAACACUACCAGCCCACCAAAGGCGUGGAGGGGAUGCGGGUUGAUAAAGACACGAGACCUGAACUCAGUCUGGGCUCGUACGAGAUACUCGACUCUCAGAAGGGAGAACCUGCUGCUCUGCUUCUGGCCAUAGACGUGUCUGCGUCCGCGCUGAGAGGAGGACAUCUGGAGUUUGCAACACAACAAAUACUCAGUCUGCUCACCUCUCUGAAGAGUGAUGAUGGUGACGGCCUGUCGGACGUCCGUAUUGGUCUGAUGACGUACGACAGCAGGAUCCACCUGUACAACCUCAGCCUCGCCUUGUCCCGCCCUCACAUGCUGGUCAUCAUGGAGGCAGAAGACCUGCAGCUUCCUGUGCAGGACGGACUCCUGGUGUCCCUCAGAGACUGUAUAGAAAGUAUCGAAAGUGUUCUGCAGCUUAUUCCUCAGUUUAGUCCAGAGUCUGGAGACCCGGGUGGAGUCCCCAUGGAGCUGCCUGUCAAAGCAGGACUGGCUGUAUUACAGGCCCUAAAUUGUCCUGGCAAGCUGCUGAUCUUCCAUACAGCCCCUCUGGUGGAGAUGGGACACACAGAUUCUUCCUCAGGGUUCUUUGGCUCCAGCAAACAAAAGUCCAUCUUUCAGCCGUCAGAGCUAGCCAUCUCAUUGGCCAAGGAGUGUGUCAGUCAGGGCUGCGGCGUUCACCUGUUUGUCCUCUCCCAGCAAGAUGUGGGCGGGGCUUGGCCGGGACACAUACCUUAUCUGACAGGAGGAGCUCUGUACACCUACAACCACCUCCAGGGAGAACUGGACAGAGAGCGUUUCAGCUCUGAUCUAAAGAGCAUUAUAGAGACAGACACCGGCUACAAGGCUGAGCUCAGGAUUUUUGUCAGCAAAGAUUUACGUGUGUCCGGCUGUUAUGGACUCUUCAUCCCCGGGCCAAGCCCCAGCCAGGUUACCAUGGCAACUCUUGAUUGGAGGACAACGCUCGCCGUGGAGCUCGCACACACCAGAGCUCUGGAUGAGACGAGAGGCGUGGCCAUACAGGCUGUGUUGUCUUUCAGCACCCAGACAGGAGAGCGGAGGAGCAGAGUUCACACUCUGACCCUGCGAUGCUCCCGUCAGCUGCAGGACGCUUUCCGCCAGUACCAGGCCCAAACCCUGCUCACCUUCUACUGUAAAAAAAUUUACUGUGCGGUGUUGGAGCGCCCCCUACAGGAGCUGAGGGAGGAACUGCAGACGGAGAUAACUGAAGCGUUGGCGUCCUACCGCAAACACUGCUGCUCUGCUUCUGUGUCUGCAGGACAGCUGGUCCUCCCUCAGUACCUGCGAGCACUUCCUGUUUACAUCAACAGUCUGAGGAAGAGCGAGGUGCUGCUGCCGGGCCUGAGGAGCUCCAUCCACCAGCGGCUGCAGCAGCGCUGCCAGGUGCUCCGCAUGGACACCUGCAGCACCGCAGCACACUUCUACCCUCUGCUGCUGCCUCUGUCGCUGCCAGUUGAAAGCUCCUCCUCUCCACUCCCAGAGGAGGCGCUGCGCUGCUGCGCUGCCAGUCUGGAGCCAACAGGUCUGUACCUGGUCCAUGCACCCCUCACCCUGCUGCUCUGGGUGGGCACCCAAGUCCCAGCAUGCACCCUGGUCGAGCUCUUCAACACCAGCUGUUUCUCCUCGCUGCCCUCUGGAGAGACCAAGCUGCCAGUUCUAGAAAACGCUCUGUCCAUCAGUGUUCGAUCCCUCAUCAACACACUGAACGCCCAGGCCCCCCGGGCCCGCAAGCUGUGGGUGGUGAAGCAGGGCGACGCCUGCGAGGAGGCCCUGCAGCGCCACCUGGUGGAGGACAAGAGUCCCAACGGAGGGGCUUCCUAUGCAGACUUCCUCUACCACCUCCACGUCAACUCUGUCCGCCUGCUGCAGUGAUUCACACUCUGUCCUCCUCCACGUCUAUAGGAGACGACGCUGGCAGCAGAACUACAGGUGCAUCUCAAAACAUAGAAUAUCAUGAAAAAGUUCAAUAUUUUAUGUCAAUCAU